AUGACUGGGCGAGAUGACAUCUCAGAAGGCAAAUCAAAAGUGAAGAUCUUGGCCCCAAGUAUGGGAAAUGAGAAAUCGGGGCGUUUUCAUGGACCUGCAAUGAGAUCCAAAGGCUUUGCCAUCACAGACCUGCUUGGUCUAGAAGCGGAGCUACAGCCACCAUCAGUUUCUCUUCCCAGCUGUGAAGGUCCAGGAGGAGGUCUUGGCGGGGUGUCCUUGACUAAUGGCUCAUUGCCCCUUGGGUUGGGGUUUCUGUGUGGUUUUGCCUCUCAACAACCCACUGGGACUACAUGUCUUCUUCCAACUCACAUACCAUUUCUUCAGCCUAGAGCAGAUCAUCAAUACCUCCACAGCUCAGACAAGCACAAAGAAAAUAUCUCGGAUGAUGAUAGUCUCCUAGGAGAUAAGAGUGAUUUGAAGGCAUCUGGCUCCCAAACAAAAAGGAAGAAAAGAAGACACAGGACUGUAUUUACUGCUCAUCAGCUGGAGGAAUUAGAGAAAGCCUUCAAUGAAGCUCAUUAUCCUGAUGUGUAUGCCAGGGAAAUGUUGGCUCUCAAGACAGAACUGCCUGAGGACCGGAUACAGGUCUGGUUCCAGAACAGAAGGGCUAAGUGGAGAAAGCGUGAGAAGUGUUGGGGCAGAAGCAGUGUUAUGGCAGAGUAUGGGCUCUAUGGUGCCAUGGUGAGGCACUCCAUCCCACUCCCUGAGUCCAUCAUCAACUCCGCAAAAAAUGGUCUUGUUGGCUCCUGUGCUCCUUGGCUAUUGGGUAUGCACAAAAAGUCUGUAGACAUCACCAGAAAGCCAGAUAUGGACGAACAAGAAAUAGAUAAUUACAGGAGGGAACAUCAUAUCGAAAACCUAUUAUCCAGGCCAUCAGAAUCCCAUAGGAACAUGCAGGACAGAAGCAAUAGUACGGACACUUCAGAAGAGAGAGCCAUUGACCUCUCAAGUACAGCAAAACAAGAGACACCAUGCAAUAUAAGGCAUGGAUCCAACAGAGACAGUCAAAAUGACACCACAGACAGUGAACAUUGAGCCGAAUGUUUUCAUAUAAGAGGCAGGUAGUUUGGGGGGGGGGGGGGGGGUAAAACAAGAUGGUAGGGCCAAAUACAAUCACAGACGUUCCUUAUUGCACAUGUAUUUCAACCAGCAAUUCCUAAAAACUUUAUUGCAGUUUUUUAUUGAGGUUUUUUUCCUCAUCAUCAGAGCAUAAGCUAAUUGUUUAAUUUGUGUAAAUUAUUUAAAAUGUUUUAGCUUUUUAUAUGUAUACAAGAAUAGUUAUUAGGGCUUUUGGAAUUCUCUUGUACAAACCAACAUUUUUUAAAAAAAAUUUAAGCUGUCUACAAAGCAAUAGUCCAAUACCAUAUAAAUCCUAAAAAAAAUCUAUGUCACUUUGGUGGAAAAAGAUUUGUUUCGUGAAAAUACCGUAGUACACUAAAGAAGCCCUGAACCUCAAAAUACAUUUAUUUAUGGAAUGCAUUCAUUAACUAAAUCCGUAUAUCGGAAAACACUGUAAAUAUUUUAUAAUUAUUCAACGAAAAAUGAAAGGCCCAGUAAUUUCACUUAAUCAAAUUAAUGUUUCUAUAUUAAACAUACAUAGAAAGGAAAAAUAUUUUACUGAUUAUAUGAUAUGUGGAUUUUAUGGUAAAAAGAAGACACGUUAAUAAAAAUUGAACACAGGUAUAUUUUUAGAAUGUAAACCUACAUUUAUAAAAACAAAUGAAGUAUACAAAAAACUUACAGUUUUUAAAAAAAAAUUCUAAAAACAAAAAUAAGCAUUCAGUUCAAAUAUUUUUUGAUAAAUCAUAUUUAUAGAUAUGCAAAGAUUGGAAAAUAUUUUUUUCUCAACAGAAUGUAAAUUUGAAGCAACCUAGAACGGUUAAGAUUACAUUAUUUUUGAUGCGAGGUAAACUAUCGGCUGGAUACCAUAUUGUUGCAUUGUGUUCGGAAAUUUUUUUAGGUUUUGCUGAUAUUUUUAUUGAGCUAUUUUUUAAUGUACGCUUAUUAGCCCAAAAAUGUCAGUAAUAUUUUUUGUUCAUUAGAAUCAGGGGUUGAUCUGUCACCAUCUCUGGAUAGGUCAGCAUAUGUUAAGCAUUUGGAUGUGGCGGUCUAGCAUUUCAGUUGGGAAAAUCUAAGAAUUCAACAGCCUUAUACAGAAUCACUGUACAUUUGUAUAUAAAUAUAAACUUUUAUAAGCUCAGAUAGAUAAAAUGAGCGUGUUCCUUACUUAUCUAUGCAUAGAAUAUGAGAAAGGAUGCGGGAAAAUCGGAACAGAAGACGAUUGCUUCUAACAAGAAAAUACUCUAUAUUUUGGGAAAAAGAGGAUAGUAAACGUUUUGUAAUUAUUUGAAUUGUCUGUAAAUCUGUGUUCUUACGUCCGGCUUUGUCAUUCAUGGCCAUUUUAUAUUUAUGUAUUGAAGCACUUUGGUAGCCAGGGGUUUUUACAUUUGUUUGGUUAUAUUUUAUCAUAUAUUUAUUAUAUAUAAACCAAUAAAGCUUUCUGUA